UUUUACUGUGCUAAGCUAUUGGCAGUUGGACGGACAAUCUGUUCACGGCGGCAAAAUAAGGUUUUCAGCAUGGUUGUAUCAAAGUCUGUCCCUAAACCGAAGUCCACAAAGUCAGUCUCAAAAAAGAAACAAGCUGUAAAGUUCAGUAUUUGUAUAUCACCUGGGGUUAUCGAUGAAGAUUUGAUCAGUCCUACUUUACUCGAAAAAUACUUGAAAGAGCAUAUCAAAGUACACAAGAAACUAAACAAUCUCGGUAAAGAUGUCCAUGUGGAACGAGAAAAGGCUAAUAUAAAUGUUACUGCUAACAUUCCGUUUUCUAAAAGGUAUUUGAAAUAUCUUACCAAGAAGUUCCUUAAACGACAUAAGUUGCGUGACUUUCUGCGAGUUGUUGCUAAGUCAAAGGACUCAUACGAACUAAGAUUCUACAACUUCGAGAAUGAAGACUCAGAUGAUGAGGAAGAGAACUGAUUGGCUGAUAUAAUACACGCAUAACUGCCUUGUCUGAGUUUUUGUUUUUGCUCCUGCCUGUGACAGUUUGCUCAUGUCAGGUACAUGGUUAGUGCUGCAUCAAUUGUUGCGAAUGUUUCCUUUCUGGUAGACUUCGGCAGAGCCCUAGUUGCUAAUGCAUUGAAUGCAGAUAUAUAUCUUUCGGUUACAAUAUCUAGCUGACACCGUUUCUUUCAUUGUAUAGUUCAAUUCUUAAUAUGCUGCAGUAAUGUAUGUAUUCAGGAUUUAGCAGUUAUAAUGGGAUAAGCCAUCCUUGUCAAGUUCUUUUCUUGGUUUAAUUCGUCCCACCUAAUCCAAAAUCAUCCAUAAUAACGUAUCACGCCGACAGUGUUUUAUGUUCCUUGUUGAGCGGGUUUUAAACGAAAUGGCGAGUCAGUGCUUAGUCACCGCCAGCACCUUGGACACAAAUUAAUUUCAUUUCCGGUAGUUUUUAACUUGAGUGAAUUUACAUCUCUAAAGUAGACGUAACUUGCCUUUUUCGAAUCAGAUAUAGUAUAUGUUAAUGCGCAACCAACAAGAACUAUUGGUCCAAGCAUGUUCGGUCUACUUGCUGUGUGUGCUAGAGACACUUAGGCUACCCGAACCUCAGCAGGUGUCUCGGGUUUAAGCCCGUUACUCAGUGGCCGAUCCAACUGUCUGAGGUAAUCAGUCACUAUCGACAUAGGUGCAAGCAUUAGUGUUUAACGGUCCAGGUUCCUAUAGAUCAUUCAGAACGUAAACGAACGAUGCAAUAGGAUAAGAGAUGAGUAGAGAAGAACCGGUCAAGAGCAGUUGAGGCGAAAGGGAAAUGAGUAAAUACUGAACUCAGCAUGACGAGUAAGGUGAAGAUACUUCGUGGAUAUCUCUUCUGAGCCAUACCACCCAGUCUCCGGCCACGGGUUUCUGUUGUCAGACCCAAAUCGGGAAGUUUACGACCCCCACAUGGUUCUGGUCAACACUCGAAGACGAUGCAGUGAUGCCAUGUUUUAGUCUGGCUACCUCAAUCCUUUUUCCAGUCUGGACAAAUUUCGACCAACAUUGUGCAACUAGGCAAACAGUGGCUUGGCAUACUUAACACGUGUUCCAGACAUCUCAGUUGAUGAGAAUCCGCGACCCUCCCAACUGAUUUUCCUCUACCCCCUACAAUUCCACGCCUUACGUCGGCUUACUGAUGUUGACAAAACGGCCUAUGGUACGAAGGCAGUAGCGGUGAAACACCGGAAGCCUUCUCAUGUCUUCUAUCUUCAAUGGCCAUGUGUCAUAGACACAAUAGGACGGAGCAAAAUGCAUUGUUGUAUACUCGAUCCUUAGUCAGAAAUCGCAGUAGCGCGGCAGACAGUGUAACUUAGUGAAACGUAGCCGAUCCACAAGUAUCCGUACAUAGAUUUUGUCGGUCACCCAUAGGGCUGGUCCGACUUCCCAGGUAGGCGGUAUUCAGCCCACUCUACCUAGUUUUACUGGCCGCUAGAAGCCAGUUGUGGGGCAACUUCACAGUAGGGUGGCGAGAAACGCAUCCCAAACAUACUGAAGUCGUCCAGAAGACUGCACCUUUUCAGUGUCUUCAUCUAACAGUAUCAUGUCAUCUGCGUACUGUAUGUGUCAUGACGUGAAGGGGACCUUAAUACCGUCCGUGUCAAGACUGGGAUGGAGAGAGUGGGAAGUCUUGGCAGACACCACUUAAAGUACACAACUCACCAUUGACUCUGUCGCCCCUGCGGUUGUUCGAUUAGUGCCUCCAACAAGGUGAUGUAUGUAUUUGGGACCUUUUUCGGUGGUGGACACCAUCAUAAGUCCCAUCCAACGCCGGAGUGGUAAACUGCCUUCAGGUCGAUGAAUAGAGCCGGUGCUGAACGUCGGUAAGUGUACCUGCGUUCCAGAACCUGGUGGAGUGUAGAUAUCUGGUAGGUACACCAACGGCUAGGUCUGAAACCUACCUGGUUUCCUACGUUUGUUGUUCUCAAGCUGCAUUCAGAUAUCCAGUGAUUAUAAAACUUUGAAUCUUGGACACUACAUUCGUCAGGUUGAUUCUUUUUGGGUUAUCAUAGAUGAACUUCUCGCCAUUCUUGAAAAAUAGGACAACUGGUGACUAAAACCGAUCAGAGAGAUAGUAUCUGACUCCCACAUACUAGUUGACAAUUCAGUUAACUUGACUACAAAUCCCUGACCACUGUCCUUGAAUACCUCUGGUACUAGUCCGUCUGUUCUUCCUGCUCUUCCUCGUUUCAGGUUACCUACAACAUUCACGACUUUUACAUGUGUAAGACGUCGUAUCUUGAUUUUCUAUCCGAUUGGAUAGCGGGCAACGAAGUUGUAGCUGGAGACCAGUGGAACGGUUCCUCGAAGUGUUUCGCCCGACGUUUCAGUCAUCCCCCAUGUGAGUGAAUCAUAGACCCAUCCUUCUUCGCUAUAGUCUCACAAACCAUACACCUUGUUGCAGUUUCCUUAUUAAGCCUAAAUAGGUAUCUAUCUCCGUUGACUUUCUCUACCUCAUAGCCUUUGUUGCCCAUCACUGUUCGCGAUCUUUGCGUAGACUUUUUGUUUGAGUUUCAUUCACUCAUUGUAUUUGGAGUCUACACGUAUGCUUUAAUGUACAUCAAGCCGCCUCAAUGCUCUCGUUGUCGAGCUUCAUUACCAGUGGUCUAGUUGUUAGUUUUCCUACGUCUUUUGAGACGCAGAUACGCGUUCAAACCAAUCCGUAGUCACUAUCCAAACAUGCUCUAGGAGGAGCGGCAGUCAUCCACUGACCCUCUCCUGCCAUAAGUGGUCUGUCUGUGUCUACUUCCGAGUUGCGGUCGGUGAAUGCCACAUCAAACAAUCGGAUUUUGAACGUGCCACCUAAGUACCUUUCUGCUCGAAUUAGCAUUAAAAUCGCUCGCAGCAACUCGCGUCUGAACGCUUGGCUUUCAGUAGAAGUUAGACAGACAAACAAUCAACGUUAAACCUUAUAUACAAGUGCAUCGGUUCAGGUUGCUACACUUCACGGUAGUAUGCGAAGAACAGAUGGAUAGAAAAAGUUAUAUUAAAGUAGACAAGGUUGUGUGAGAGAAUAGACAAUUUGAAGAAAAGGUCAGUGCGAAUAUCCAAGGUUUAUAAGACUUGAAAGAGUGAAUGUAUGUCUGCGCCACCGUGACCGAUUUCCAGGCAUGUCACCAAGAGUCCUCAACCGCUUGUUCCUUUGGUGUUAGGGACCCUAACCGGCAGUCUACAUCUCAUACGACUCAGACCAACAGCCACGGAAUUCAUGCACUGGUGUUACGUCUUGGUGUGGUCACCUUGAUCCCUCUUCCAAUCUAAUUCAGCUUCGCUUAGCAUGGCACAUUAAGGUAGGUGGUGUCUCGGCAUGCGCAGUACACAACUAAUCCAUUCCAAUUAACUAAGGUUCGCAACCACAUCAAUCGGUCUGCCUAUCUUGAGCUUCACUUGACAUCACCAUUGCUCACACAGCGAUUCCACUAAACCCGAGCACUGCUACGAAGACAUUUGUGAUCAAAAUUCUGUAACCGCUUCAUAUCGUCUGCCUUUGAUGGUCAUUUCUAACAGCCGUAUAGCAAGACGGAAUGAACUACAGCGCAGUAUACUCAUCGUUUAAUAGAUAGUCGGUUGUCUUACCAGUGGACGCCAGAGAUGACCCGAAUUAGCAAAUGCCUAGUGAUUCUUCUGCAUCCGAGAUGAGAUUUCGUUAGCAACCACCCCUUUGGGACUGGCGUAGUUCUCCGUAGAAUAUCCCUCACUUCAUCCGAUCUUAAGUCAAUGGGUUGGUAAGCGGAGAUUACAAAGAGACAACGGUGAGUUUCGUUAUUCAUUGUAGUGCUCACUCUGAACAGUACAUAGGCGAUCGUCAACUAGGAUCCAGUCGAUUAAAGAACUUUCUGUCUUAAUGGGCAGUGGUAUACUUGCAACUGCAAAACCGCGAGAACUAGUCAAUGAAUCUUCAGAAACUCAGAGUAUGGAUUUUACGGAUUCCCAAUAUUGGCCGGGUGAGUUACGUGUAUAACCGUACUUGGGCUCUGUAUACGUGUCUAACAAACAGUACACGUCCCGAGUUGCUGGAGUGGUAGCUAGUGAAGUUUGUUGGCCGACUUGUCGAAGGAUCAAGACAUUGAAAGCUCAAGCGUGUGAUUCGGUGGGCGGUUUCAGGAGACUAAGAGUACUGUGAAGUGAGAUCAUUUUCGAGAGCUGCAGAGUAGGGAGAAACUAAAGAUGAUAGUUCACUGAGAGACACGAAAAAAGAUUCGAGGGUAAAAAUGUGGGAGGUGGAAAGUGAUCUGGGGGAGCUUAAGUGCUGACAGAGUUGUAAGGGCGGUCCUCACUUGGAUGCCCGAACCGUGUAAAGUUAUUCCUUCCUAGUGUCCAUGAAAGAGAAGAAGAGUCGUAUAACUGCAGAGCCUAUGGGACAUCUACUUGAGGCUUGUCACAACCGUUUGUGGAUCAUUGCAUGAAAUUUGGUUGUUCCAAAGCCAGAGAGAGGAAAUCUGUAUCGCCGGCACCGGAACACAGUGUGUGUAAACUUGAGAAAUCAAUGUUCUGGAAAAUCUAACGGGACUUAUUCUUAAAAGCGAGCUACUGUAUAAGUUACUCUAAACAGCAAUUCUAUAUCCUCAGAAGCUGCUGUUCAGAAAUCGUUAUAUCGUGCUGCUGUCCACACUUUCAGAUUUACAACAAUGUUAUAAACUUCUGUUUCAGCCGGAGGGUUGACUAAAAACACCAUUCAGGUGGAGCCUGGAUGUUGCGCAACUGAAGCGUAGCUGCAGGUCAAAUAAACUUUUCCAUAUCAGAUUUGUUUCCUUGAUAUAGCGCACAUGAUACAACAGUAUUUACUUGCUUACAUUUUGGACAUAUCUGAUUUUUACAAGCCUAUAACCUCAUGUUCUUUGAUUUUAGUGAUAAUAAAAUUUUCCAUAUCCAUGAUACACUUUUUUGCGUCAUUUCUUUAUGUGAUGAAAAGAGACUUAGCAAUCGAUUUCUUUCCAUCUAACUAUGAUGGACUUCGGUACAGUGAUUUCAUCCCAGGCUGUUGUGUGGAUGUGUUAAUGUAUGCAUUGGAAUAUCUGGGUUUCCUAAGAUUAUUGAUCCUAUUUGAGUCUAUGAUUCGUCAUAUGACUGAAAUCCUAUGGUCCAAUAAUAGAACUGGCUCCUAUUGGCUAGUUUGUUCUAUCCAUUUGACCUCACGGUCAUUGCAUAGAAUUCAGUGAGUUAGAUUACUUUGGUUAUUUGGGUCUAUCGGGUG